UCCAUUCGUCACCUUUCUCUUGGCCAUUCUCUAACCACCAUUUCCCUAUCCUCCUUUCUUUCUCAUUUCAUCAUUUAACCCUAGUUUAGUUACACUCACCAACUCAAAUCCAACCAUCUCCAUCCACAUCUCCCUUUUCCUAACCAUACAUUUAUAAUAUUUCUUCUCCAAACCCUACCACUGUUGUCAUUUUCUUUUUCAUUAGGGUUAUUUUUAUUUAAAUAUGUAAAUGACAACAAGAAAAUAUCUACUGGAGAAGAAGGGAAUGCAACAAGCACAAAUGUAAAAUCUUCUUACUAAAAAUAGCAAAAACUAAAUUAAAAAAAGAAAAUACUGAGUCUAACCCAAUAAAUAAAGAAAACCCAUCUCUCUCUUUCUUUCUUUUAGCUUUCUCUUUUAAGUUUUAACCCAUUUCGCGUUUGCCGAGCGUCGAUCACCGGUAGAGUUUGAAUCUGAUCAUUCCAGUUACUGUCCAUCACUGAAAUCUAAAAACAGAGACUACUGAGUCUUUUUCCUUUUUGUGCUUUUACUAUAUAAGAGAAGAAAGAAAAGGCAAAGAUAAACCCUAAGCUAAUGAUGAAGGAACAAGGGGCGGGUCAUGAGAAACCCGAGGCGCGUGCUUGGAUGGCAGGUGGAGACGUUGUUACUGUGGAGGGGGACAAGGCAGACGACUCUACUACUACUACUAAUAGUAUUACGGAUGAUGAUGGGUCGGAUCGGAUCGGGUUGACCCGUAAUGAGGUUGUUGCUGCUGUGUUGGGCUUUGGUGUCAUAAGGAAGAAAAGGAUGCCUAGACAGAGGAGACCAUCUUCCGCCAUUAAUCACCUUUUUUCUUUUGCUAAUGCUGCUUCUGCUUCCUCUUCUACGAACAUCACUACUACUGCUACUUCGCACGUGCCUUCUCCUCCACUGCAUCACCUUCCCUCCUUCCCCGCACGUGUAAUUGACCAAAGGAGAUUGAGUUUCCUCUUUCAAAAGGAACUUAAGAACAGUGAUGUAAGCUCCCUGAAGAGGAUGAUACUCCCAAAGAAAGCAGCCGAGGCACAUCUCCCUGUCCUUGAGUCCAAAGAGGGGAUUUUUAUUAGCAUGGAUGACUUGGAUGGUCUGCAUGUUUGGAGCUUCAAAUACAGGUACUGGCCUAAUAACAAUAGUCGGAUGUAUGUACUUGAAAACACAGGCGACUUUGUUAACACACAUGGAUUACAACUAGGAGAUUUUAUUAUGGUAUAUAAAGACAUGCAAAACCAGAAUUAUGUAAUUCAGGCUAGGAAGGCGUCGGAUGAAGAUGUAUAUGCUAACAUAGCCAUGACUGCGGUCAACGACAUAUUUCUUCAUGAUUAUGAGGUUAAUAAAUCAAGCUCCUUUUAUAUGAACUAUCCUAUGGUGGAUAAUACCGGCUUGUCAUUUAUCUACGACACAACCACCAUCAUCUCUAAUGACUCACCACUUGAUUUUUUGGGUGGAUCGUUAACUAAUUAUUCGAGAAUUGGGCAAAUGGAAAACUUUGGAUCGGUCGAGAACUUGUCACUCGACGAAUUCAAUUAGGUUCUGUAUGUAUAUAAGGUAGUGCAUUUUGUUAACAAAUGGGUCUGCACCAGCUCAAAGUAUAAGAAAUGGAGUAUGAAUGAGACUUCAUUUUGCACUAAUUAAGCAGUGUACUUAUUUUAAGUGCCCUAUAAUUGUAAUAAAGGGUAGCAAGUGUAAAAAACUUGUGACAUGAAUUAAUAUCAAAU